GAGACCAAUGAAACCAAUCACAUCCUACACAGAAUCAUUCAGAAAUGUGCAAACAGACACUUCAGUCUUCAGAGAAGCAGCUCUCCUGAGGAUCUUCUGCAGAUGUUUGAGGACAUUGUGCAAAUGAAUGAUGGACAUCACCUGGAGUGUGCUGAAGCUGCACAGUAUUUCACAAUUGAGCAACAGACUACAGGAAGACUUUCAGAGGCUGUGAAGCUGAAUCUGGUCGUGUGUGGGAGUGACGGGAAGUUAAAAUCCUCCGUAUCAGAGCAGAUCCUGCAGCAGACAGACGUGGAGCUUCAUGAUGGUCAGAUCAGUGUGAUAGAGCUUCCUGCUCUGACUCGUCUCUCAGAAGAGGAAGUGAUGCGUCAGACUCUCAGCUGUGUGUCUCUCUGUCAUCCUGGAGUUCAUGUUUUUAUCAUUAUUGUUCCUGGUGCUCCACUCAAUAAUGAAGACAAAGCAGAAACAGAGAAGAUCCAGAAGAUCUUUAGCUCAAGGAUCAACAAACACCUCAUGAUCCUCAUAAUGCAGGACUCAGAGCAUCAGACAGAAGAACUCAGUGAAGAAACAAAGUCUGUCAUUGAGAGGUUCGGAGGAAGACAUCAGUUCUUCGGUUCAAAAACACAAAUGUCCACAUUGAUGGAGAAGAUCGAGCAGAUGCUGGAAGAAAACAGAGGAGAGUUUUACUCCACAGAGACAUUUCUGGAGGCUCAGAUGAAAAAACUGAUGAAAUAUGAAGAGAUGAAGAAGAAAAUUCAUUCACUAGAGACACAUUUACUGUCACAAGUUUCAAGAGAAAACAUAGAUGAUGAAGUGAGGAUUGUGCUGCUGGGAAAAACUGGAGUUGGGAAAAGUGCAACUGGAAACACAAUCUUAGGAAGAAAUGCUUUUAAGGCAGAAGUAUCAUUUGAGUCAGUGACUAAAGAGAGUCAGAGAGAAUCAUCUGAAAUCAACGGUCGACGUGUUACUGUGAUCGACACUCCAGGACUGUUUGAUACUGAACUCCGUAAUGAAGAGAUCCAGAGAGAAAUCAGCAGCUGCAUCUCCAUGAUCCUGCCUGGACCACAUGUGUUUCUCUUACUGGUUCCACUGGGACGAUUCACUCCAGAAGAAGCUAAAUCAGUGGAGAUCAUCCAAGAGACGUUUGGUGAGAAAUCUUUAAUGUAUACCAUGGUGCUCUUCACCAGAGGAGACGAUCUGAAGAACAGAAUCAUUGAUCAGUGUUUGGGGAAACCUGGAUCUCCUCUGAUGAAGCUGAUCGAAGCGUGUGGAAACAGAUUUCAUGUGUUCAAUAAUAAUCAGACUGAAGACCGAACACAGGUGUCUGAUCUACUGCAGAAGAUAGACGACAUGCUGAGAGAGAACGGAGGGAGUUUCUACUCAUGUAAGAUGUUCAGAGAGAUGGAGAGAGAAAGACAAGAACAACAGAUGAAGAUCCUGAUGGACAGAGUCAAAGAAAGAGAAGAAGAGAUAAAGAAAGAACAAGAGACAUUUAAACAUGAAACUGAGCAACUGAAGCAAGAAAUAAAGAAAAUAAAAACAGAAAAAGAGAAACUUCAGAUCAAGUACAACACAGAAACAGAACGACUGAUGAACAUAAUAGAAAAUGAGAGGAAAAAAAGAGAAGAAGAGUUUAUUGAGAGAGAAGAACGAUACAAAACACUAAUGAAAGACAGAGAGGAAAAGGAGAGGAAAAUGCUUGAGAAGAUGAAUCAGGAACGAAUGCAGUGGGAGAAACAGAAACAAGAUGAAAGGCAGAAAAGAGAAGAAAAUAUAACCGAAGAAGAAAAACUGAAAUUUGACCUUUCCCAGCAAAGUUCAUUAAGCGAUUAUGGAAUCAGUAAGUUCAAAUGA